UGGGGCCGGAACUGCCCGGACAGCCUCCGCUUAGCGUAACGCUGUGUUGCCCGGGAGCGAGCCCAGCCGCUGUUGAGUCUCUGGGGCUGAGCGCUGCGUCUUGAGGACUCACUCCCUGCAGCCUUGGACAUGAAGAGGUUCCUGUAGGGUUUGGGACCGAGGACAUUCUUAUCAGGUUUGGGGCGUGAAAAGGUUCCUGUCAGUCGGGGAGGCGUAAAGAGAUCCUCCCUUCGUCUAGGGAAGGCGCUUGCUGCUGCCUUCUGACCCUCUUAAAGCCCUAAACCUGGCACGACGCAAAGCGACCCACCCCCCAGUGAAGAUGGCCUCGGUGCCUGUGUAUUGCCUCUGCCGACUGCCUUAUGAUGUGACUCGCUUCAUGAUCGAGUGUGACAUGUGCCAGGAUUGGUUUCACGGCAGUUGUGUUGGUGUUGAAGAGGAUAAAGCUGCUGAUAUCGACCUAUACCAUUGCCCCAACUGUGAAGUCUUACAUGGGCCCUCCAUUAUGAAAAAACGCCGUGGAUCUUCCAAAGGGCAUGAUACUCAUAAGGGGAAACCAGUGAAGACAGGGAGCUCUAUGUUUAUCCGAGAACUCCGGAGUAGGACUUUUGACAGCUCAGAUGAAGUGAUUCUGAAGCCCACUGGAAGUCAGCUGACAGUGGAAUUCCUGGAAGAGAACAGUUUCAGUGUGCCUAUCCUCGUCUUGAAGAAGGAUGGGUUGGGGAUGACACUACCCUCUCCAUCAUUCACUGUGAGGGAUGUGGAACACUAUGUUGGUUCUGACAAAGAGAUUGAUGUGAUUGAUGUGGCCCGUCAGGCUGACUGCAAGAUGAAACUCGGAGAUUUUGUGAAAUAUUAUUACAGUGGAAAGAGAGAAAAAGUCCUCAAUGUCAUUAGUUUGGAAUUCUCUGAUACCAGGCUUUCAAACCUUGUGGAAACGCCCAAGAUUGUUCGAAAGUUGUCAUGGGUGGAGAACUUGUGGCCAGAGGAAAGUGUCUUUGAGAGACCCAAUGUACAGAAGUACUGCCUCAUGAGUGUGCGGGAUAGCUAUACAGAUUUUCACAUUGACUUUGGUGGGACCUCAGUCUGGUACCAUGUGCUUAAGGGUGAGAAGAUCUUCUACCUGAUCCGCCCAACCAGUGCUAAUCUGACUCUCUUUGAGUGUUGGAGCAGCUCCUCUAAUCAGAACGAGAUGUUCUUUGGUGACCAGGUGGAAAAGUGCUACAAGUGUUCUGUGAAGCAAGGACAAACACUUUUCAUUCCUACAGGAUGGAUCCAUGCUGUGCUGACUCCUGUGGACUGCCUCGCCUUUGGAGGGAACUUCUUACAUAGCCUUAACAUUGAAAUGCAGCUCAAAGCCUAUGAGAUUGAGAAGCGGCUGAGCACAGCAGACCUCUUCAAGUUUCCCAACUUUGAGACCAUCUGUUGGUAUGUGGGAAAACACAUUCUGGACAUCUUUCGAGGUUUGCGAGAGAACAGGAGACACCCUGCCUCCUACUUGGUCCAUGGUGGUAAAGCUCUGAACUUGGCCUUUAGAGCCUGGACAAGGAAAGAAGCUCUACCAGACCAUGAGGAUGAGAUCCCGGAGACAGUGCGGACUGUACAGCUCAUUAAAGAUCUGGCUAGGGAGAUCCGCUUGGUGGAAGACAUCUUCCAACAGAACGUUGGGAAAACGAGCAAUAUCUUUGGGCUGCAGAGGAUCUUCCCAGCUGGCUCCAUCCCCUUAACCAGGCCAGCCCAUUCCACUUCAGUAUCCAUGUCCAGGCUGUCACUGCCCUCCAAAAGUGGUUCAAAGAAGAAAGGCCUGAAGCCCAAGAAUAUCUUCAAGAAGGCAGAGCGAAAGGGCAAGGAGAGUUCAGCCUUGGGGCCUGCUGGCCAGUUGAGCUAUAAUCUCAUGGACCCAUACAGUCAUCAGGCACUGAAGACAGGCUCUUCCCAGAAAGCAAAGUUCAACAUCACUGGUACCUGCUUGAAUGAAUCAGAUGAUGACUCACCAGACAUGGACCUUGAUGGCAGUGAGAACCCACUGGCCCUGUUGAUGGCCAAUGGCAGUACCAAGAGGGUAAAGAGCUUAUCCAAGUCUCGGAGAGCCAAAAUUGCAAAGAAGGUAGACAAUGCAAGGCUAGUAGCAGAACAGGUCAUGGGAAAUGAAUUUGACUUGGAUUCAGAUGAUGAGCUGCAGAUUGACGAGAGACUGGGAAAGGAAAAGGCGAGCCUGAUAAUAAGAUCAAAAUUUCCCCGGAAGUUGCCUCGAGCAAAACCUUGCUCUGACCCCAACAAGAUUCGUGAACCUGGAGAAGUUGAGUUUGACAUUGAGGAGGACUAUACAACAGAUGAGGACAUGGUGGAAGGGGUUGAAAGCAAGCUUGGGAAUGGGAGUGGUGCUGGUGGAAUUCUUGAUCUACUUAAGGCCAGCAGGCAGGUGGGGGGACCUGACUAUGCUGCCCUCACUGAGGCCCCAGCCUCCCCCAGCACUCAAGAGGCCAUCCAGGGCAUGCUGUGUAUGGCCAACCUGCAGUCCUCAUCAUCCUCACCAGCUACCUCCAGCCUGCAGGCUUGGUGGACCGGGGGGCAAGACCGAAGCAGUGGGAGCUCCAGCAGUGGGCUGGGCACUGUGUCUAACAGUCCUGCUUCUCAGCGUACCCCAGGGAAGCGGCCCAUCAAGAGGCCAGCAUACUGGAGAAACGAGAGCGAGGAGGAGGAGAAUGCCAGUCUCGAUGAGCAAGACAGCUUGGGAGCAUGCUUCAAGGAUGCUGAGUAUAUAUAUCCAUCCCUGGAGUCUGAUGAAGAUGACCCUGCUUUGAAAUCUCGACCCAAGAAAAAGAAGAAUUCAGAUGAUGCUCCAUGGAGUCCUAAAGCCCGUGUGACUCCAACUCUGCCCAAGCAGGAUCGUCCUGUUCGUGAGGGCACCCGAGUGGCCUCUAUUGAGACAGGUUUGGCUGCAGCAGCUGCAAAGCUUGCCCAGCAGGUGACGAAUAUGAGGCUCACUUUUAAGUGACUAGUCCAGGAUAAGACAGCCAGUAAUUGGAGGAGACAAGAUUCAAACUCAUAUCCUCUAACUUCUGAUUUCAUUCUACUUGAAUUUUCAGUAAAGUGAAAUAGUUGAAUGUUUAUAUAUUUUAUUAUUUUUUCAUAUAUAAGUAAAAUUUAAGAAUUUCUUUUCCUAUUAUAUAGAACUAUAAAGUUUCUAAGAAAUGUCCUACAGACUAUUAACUGGAAUCCAGCAGAUAUCAAGUAGGCCAAGUGGCUCUUCUUUAACUAAAAUUUGCCCAUGUCAUUUGUUAGUGCCACAUAAGAUGUAAUUGAUAAAUAAAGAUUUUCUAUUGCUUUAAACAAACAGAUAAAAGUGUGAAACUACUCUUAGUUCUUUCUAAGGAGUAACUACGAUUUGAGUUGGUGGAAUUACUUCAAGGAAGAGGCUUUAAAGUUGGGGGUGUUAGUAGAGACAUUUUUGGUUUUUUGAGGGAGUGGGGGACCGGGAAACAUUCCUGGAAAAUAUUACUCCUUGCUAUCACACAUAAAGCCCUCUUUGUUUAUUCUAUAGUGACUUCUCUCUCAUCACCUGAUUUUCAUCAAAUAUACAUCCUUUGUCAACCGUACUUCACUACAGUGUUCAUGAUUUACCCCGUGUACCACAUUGUCUCAUACCUUCAUGGGUUUAGCAUAAACCAUUCCUUCUGCCCAUUCACAUCACCAACUACCAUUUUAUUUCUUUGAUCUUCAUCUGUACUUCUAUAUUGCAUUAUCGAGACUUCAUGUUGGGGGAUAAGUGUGAUAAGUAAUAGUUAAGAAGUGGAGGGGGCGCUGGAGAGAUGGCUCAGAGGUUAAGAGCACUGGCUGCUCUUUCAGAGGUCCUGAGUUUAAUUCCCAGCAUCCACAUGGUGGCUCACAACCAUCUGUAAUGAGACCUGAUGCCCUCUUCUGGCCUGCAGGGAUACAAGCAGACAGAGUGUUGUAUGCAUAAUAAGUAAAUCUUAAAAAAAAAAAAGAAAUGGACCCGGGUGGUGGUGGCAUACUCCUUUAAUCCCAGCACUCGGGAGGCAGAGGCAGGAGGAUCUCUGUGAGUUCAAGGGCAGCCUGGUCUACAGAGCGCCAGGAUAGGCUCCAAAUCUACACAGAGAAACCCUGUCUCGGGGGGAAAAAGUGGAUUCUGGGGCCUGAAAGAUGUAUCUGUAAGUAAAGGCACUUGCUACCAAGCAUGGGGACUUAAAUUUGAUUCUAGGACACUCAAGGUAUGAAAAGAGAAUAUACUCCUGCAAGUUGUCCUCUGACCUUAACACUUGUAUCAUGGCACUACACCCCUGCCUGAACACACACACACACACACACACACACACACACACACACACACACACACACACACACACACACACACACACUAACUGGCUUUAAAUCGUACCUUUACUACUUAGACAAGUUAUAUAAUUUCUCUUUGCCUCAGCUAUUUAAUGAGAUUUAAGAUUAAAUGAGAGGGUGUGUGUGUAUGUGUGUAUGCAUGUGUAUGUCUGUUUUCCUCCUUAGAAUGACACUUGUAAGGCAUUUUCACCUUCAAUCUUUAAUCAUUUAUGGGUUGGCUAGGUAUAAGUAGCUACAUAGUGAAAUACCAUGAAUGUCAGACCUGGAAGUUUGAAUUUGGUUGGAAGCUUGAUAGAUUUUUUUUUCAACAAAGAACUUGGCAAGGUGAAAGUGCUCCUGUCAUAAGCCACUUACAUCCAAUAGAGAAUAACAGCAAUAGAAGGAAAAUUAAAGCUAAGUAAUCUAGAUAUGAAGACAUAAUUUAUGGAGCCAGACCAGAGAACAAGGGAACAGAAAUAAUUUUCUUUUUUUGUUUUGUUUUGUUUUAGUUUUUCAAGAUAGGGUUUCCUUGUAUAACAGUUCUAGUUGUCCUGGGACUCCUAUAGACCAGGCUGGCCUUGACCUCACAGAGAUCCGCCUUCAGGGAUCAAAGGAAUUCACUGCCACCACGAAGGCAGAAUUCACUUGUAAUAUGAGUGAGAAAAGAGAUUCCUGGUAGCCAGGCGUUAGUGGCGCAUGCCUUUAAUCCCAGCACUCAGGAUGCAGAGGUAGGUGCAUCUCUGUGAGUUCGAGGACAGCCUGAUCUACAGAGUGAGUUCCAGGGCAGCUUCCAAAACAAUAUCGAGAAACCCCGUAAACAAAAAAAGAGAGAUUCCUAGUAAGGGUGUGACUGAAAAGAACAGAUUCUGAAACCAGAGUCUGAACCUCAGCUUGAAAUAGGAAAAUAACUUAGGAUUGGAGAGAUGACUUAGCAGUUAAGAGCACUGACUUAUCUUCCAGAGGACCUGGGUUCAAUUUUCAACGCUCACAUGGUAGUUCAUAAAUGUCUGUAAUUCCAGUUCCAGAGGAUCUUACACACACACACACACACACACACACACACACACACACACACACACACACACACACACACAGAGGCAAACACAAAUGCACAUAAACAAAAGGAUAAUAACAACUUUUUUGCCCUAGUCUCUUUAUUCUUAGAAUGGGAGUAUAAUUCUUCUUAUCCUUAAAAGUAUUAGGUGAAUAAUUAAGAAACAGUACCUGAUAUGCAUUACUAAUGCCAUUAUUUUCAUCCUCCAGAAAUUUCUCUGGUAGCCAUAGCAUAACAAAUCUUCUGAAGGCAGGUCUAGGCUUUUGUUAACAAGAGAAAACUAACAUAUAUAGUCAUAGAAUUGGUAUGUGUGGCUGAGUGGCAUUUCAGAAAGUAAAUUUAUUCACAUGUUCCCAAUACCAUCUUCCAAGUUCUCAGGGCUUCACAUGCCCAUUAUCCAGGUACUUACUACCCAGUGGGUAGUAAAUCCAUAGAGCAAUAAGUGGAUGAAAUACAAGAUACUAGAAGAAGUGGCACAACUUCAUAUUCAUUCAUUUCAUCCAAAUUGAGAUAUUUAGAUUGGCACAACUUCAUAUUCAUUCAUUUCAUCCAAAUUGAGAUAUUUAGAUUCAGUGAUUAAAAGACUGUCAUCAAGUCCUCUGUUCAAAGAACCAAGAUGAGCAAAAGGAAAAAAGAUAAGAAAUAGAGAAUAAUAAUUAACUACUUGCUGAGUUCCUUUCAUGUGUUAUAUACUUUUGUCAUUAUUUAAGCUUUCUAACAACUUUGAAAAGCAGACAAAGCAGCUGAAAUUCAGAAAGGUUAGUAACUUCAACCAAAGUCAUCCAAUUUAGACAACAAAAGCCUGGGUUUGAACUCAUGUUUACCUUAUUCCAAAGCUAACACUUUACUCUCCCAGUUGAUUUUGAGAAGUUUUAUAAGCUGAUUAGAUACUAGAUCUAACUACUUUUCCAUAAGGGUUUAGGCUUACAUUACUUAAUAUCCUUGCGCUUCUGUUUUGUCAUUUGCAAAAUGAAGAGUUCUUUCCCCUUAGGACUGUUACAAGAAUUAAAUAAGAAGAUAAAGUGAAUAAAGUACCUAAGCUGCUAGUGUAAAUUUAGUUAUUAGAAAUGACCAUAGUUCACCAAAACUCAAGUCUUCAAAAUCAUUUACAGUUUUCUUGCUGUUGUACUAUUAAGUGGUAGUGAUGAAUUAAGGAUGGAUGACAUCGAGGAAAUCGCCAUGGCAUUGGAAAGGCCUUUGUUGUAGGUCCAUGCAAGACAGAUUUAGAAGGGAUGGAGAAGAAGUGGCAGGAUGCAGACACUUAUUGACUAUUGUCUCCUUACUUUCUGGGAAAUUUUUUCUCUUUUCUUCACUCUUUAAUCUCCCCUCUGACUUGGCUUGUAUUUCAGGAGCUGCAAAAGGCCCAAAA